AUGUUUACAGAAGAUACAAGACACCUGCAAUUCAAAACAGAAAACAGAAGAACCAAAAUAAGAUAUAAAUUAGUAACAUGGAAAAUAACCUUUACUGUCUUCAAUGGAAUUUUCUUGGUUCUGGGUGUUACUUUGGCAUUUGGUUUGUGGCUUUUAUUUGACAGGAAUAAUUUAUUUUGUGUAUUAUUUUCUUCAGGUGAGAACCAACUGGUGGUGUGUGUUUCUUUUAUGUUACUUGGAGUUGGAUCUCUUAUUAUUUUUACAUCAGUCGUGGGAUUCCUUGGAAAAGUUAAGAAAAUCAGAUGCCUACUAGUUACAUAUGUGUGUUUUCAAGUCCUGGUGUUUUUCACCCAGAUUGCCAUGUCAGCACUGAUAUUUUUGAAGAAAGAAGUGGUCUACCAUCAAUGGAACAACAGAAUUGAUGAAGUUAUUUCUGACUAUGGGAAUAAGAGUCUGGCUGAGAAGGAACCUGUGUGGAAUAUUCUGAAUGCUAUGCAGCAGAAUAUGGAAUGCUGUGGAAGAUACAAUGUCACACAGUGGGAAAAGAAUAAAAAUAAGGAAAAGCAUGCUCAGGUCCCAUGUUCGUGCACAAAAUCUAGCCUGAACAAAUGGUUUUGUGAUAUCCCAAGGAAUUCAACAUAUACUAUGGGUUGUGAAGAAUAUUUAGAUACAUGGUUUGAAAAUAAUGUUUUGAUCUUAAAUGGAAUUAAUAUCAGCCUGCUAAUUACACAGGUAGUUGUGAUCACGUUAUCCAUGAAGCUAUUUAUGAACAUCAGAAGGAAUAGUAUUUGGCCAAAUUAAUGAUGAAUUCAUUUGGGCAUUGCUGUUGUGCAAGAAGAUCUGUUUCCUUCCUGUGACAAUAAACAAAAGUUCACAUUGCACUGUAUGUAUUGUAAUCACCAGGAUAUUAACAUUUGGGCUAUAAUGUAUUUGAUUAUUUGAUUUGAUCAUAGUUGAUUUGAUAGUUUGAUUUGAUUUGCUCAUAGUUACAGAUAUAGCAAUAUGCUACAAAACUCUGUGUUUUGAAGUGUU